GCGGCGGCGGCGGGGCGGGAGGUGCGGGGCGGGAGCCGCGUAGGCGCGGGGUCAUCUGCCAGGGCGAACCUGGACAUGGAGCCGCUCGGCGGGGGCCAGGGUCCCGCCCGCGGGACCCGGGACAAGAAGAAGGGCCGGAGCCCGGACGAGCUGCCUGCGGCGGGCGGCGACGGCGGCAAAUCCAAGAAAUUUACUCUGAAGCGGCUCAUGGCAGAUGAGCUGGAGAGAUUUACCAGCAUGAGAAUUAAGAAGGAGAAGGAAAAGCCCAAUUCUGCUCAUAGAAAUUCUUCUGCAUCGUAUGGGGAUGAUCCCACAGCACAGUCAUUGCAAGAUGUUUCAGAUGAUCAAGUUCUAGUACUCUUUGAACAGAUGCUGCUGGAUAUGAACCUGAAUGAAGAGAAACAGCAACCUUUGAGGGAGAAGGACAUUAUCAUCAAGAGGGAGAUGGUGUCCCAAUACUUGCACACCUCUAAGGCUGGCAUGAGCCAGAAGGAGAGCUCUAGGUCUGCCAUGAUGUACAUUCAAGAGCUGAGGUCAGGCCUGCGGGAUAUGCCUCUGCUUACCUGCUUAGAGUCCCUUCGUGUCUCCCUCAACAACAACCCUGUCAGCUGGGUGCAAACAUUUGGUGCUGAGGGCCUGGCCUCUUUAUUGGACAUCCUUAAACGACUCCAUGAUGAGAAAGAGGAGACUCCUGGGAGCUAUGAUAGCCGUAACAAGCAUGAGAUCAUCCGUUGCUUGAAAGCAUUUAUGAACAACAAGUUUGGAAUCAAGACCAUGCUGGAAACAGAAGAAGGUAUCCUGCUGCUGGUCAGAGCCAUGGAUCCGGCUGUUCCCAACAUGAUGAUUGAUGCAGCUAAGCUGCUUUCUGCUCUUUGUAUCUUACCACAGCCAGAGGACAUGAAUGAAAGGGUUUUGACAGCGAUGACAGAAAGAGCUGAGAUGGAUGAGGUGGAACGCUUCCAGCCAUUGUUGGAUGGAUUAAAAAGUGGGACCUCCAUUGCACUCAAGGUGGGCUGCCUACAGCUGAUCAAUGCUCUCAUCACACCAGCUGAAGAACUUGACUUUCGAGUGCACAUCCGAAGUGAACUGAUGCGCUUGGGGCUACAUCAAGUGUUGCAGGACCUUCGAGAGAUUGAAAAUGAGGAUAUGAGAGUGCAACUAAAUGUGUUUGAUGAGCAAGGAGAAGAAGAUUCCUAUGACCUAAAGGGACGGCUGGAUGACAUUCGAAUGGAGAUGGAUGACUUCAGUGAUGUCUUCCAGAUUCUCUUAAACACAGUGAAGGAUUCAAAGGCAGAGCCACACUUCCUGUCCAUCCUGCAGCACCUACUCUUGGUCCGAAAUGACUAUGAGGCCAGACCUCAGUACUAUAAGUUGAUUGAAGAAUGUAUUUCUCAGAUAGUUUUGCACAAGAAUGGGGCUGAUCCUGACUUCAAGUGCCGGCACCUCCAGAUUGAUAUUGAGGGGUUGAUUGAUCAAAUGAUUGAUAAAACAAAGGUGGAGAAAUCUGAAGCCAAAGCUACAGAACUGGAAAAAAAGUUGGACUCAGAGUUAACAGCCCGACAUGAGCUACAGGUAGAAAUGAAAAAGAUGGAGAGCGACUUUGAGCAGAAGCUCCAGGAUCUUCAGGGAGAAAAGGAUGCAUUGAAUUCUGAAAAGCAGCAGAUUGCCACAGAGAAACAGGACUUGGAAGCAGAGGUGUCUCAGCUCACAGGAGAGGUUGCCAAGCUGUCCAAGGAACUGGAAGACGCCAAGAAAGAAAUGACUUCUCUCUCUGCUGCAGUUACUGCUGUCGCCCCUCCUAGCAGUGCUACUGUUCCGCCCGCUCCUGGCACUGUUACUCCCCCCCCAGCCCCUCCUUUACCAGGAGAGCUUAGCACACCCACCCUACCACCUCCUCCUGGAGGUGCUACCAUUCCUCCUCCCCCACCGCCCCCUCCUUUGCCUGGGAAUGCUUAUAUCCCACCGCCCCCUCUUUUGCCUGAGGGUGCUGGCAUCCCCCCACCCCCUCCUUUGCCUGGGAGUGUUGGCAUCCCUGUACCACCCCCUUUGCCUGGGGGUGCUGGCAUCCCCCCACCUCCUCCUCUGCCUGGGAGUGCUAGCAUCUCCUUACCACCCCCUUUGCCUGGGGGUGCUGGCAUCCCCUCACCUCCUCCUCUGCCUGGGGGUACUGGUAUCCCUCCACCCCCUCCUUUGCCUGGGGGUACUGGCAUGCCCCCACCCCCUCCUCCCUUGCCUGGAGGAGCAGGAAUGCCACCUCCUCCUCCUCCUCUUCCUGGUGGUCCUGGAAUCCCUCCACCCCCUCCAUUUCCUGGCGGUCCUGGAAUUCCUCCACCUCCACCCGGAAUGGGUGUGCCUCCACCUCCCCCUUUUGGAUUUGGAGUUCCUGCAGCCCCAGUUCUGCCAUUUGGAUUAACCCCAAAGAAGCUUUAUAAGCCAGAGGUGCAACUCCGAAGGCCAAACUGGUCCAAGUUUGUUGCUGAGGACCUGUCCCAGGACUGCUUCUGGACAAAGGUGAAGGAGGACCGCUUUGAGAACAACGAACUUUUCGCCAAACUUACUCUGACCUUUUCUGCCCAGACCAAGACUUCAAAAGCUAAGAAGGAUCAGGAAGGUGGAGAAGAAAAGAAAUCUGUGCAAAAGAAAAAAGUAAAGGAGUUAAAGGUGUUGGAUUCAAAGACGGCCCAGAAUCUCUCCAUCUUUCUGGGUUCCUUCCGCAUGGCCUAUCAAGAGAUUAAGAAUGUCAUCCUGGAGGUGAAUGAGAGUGUUCUGACUGAGUCUAUGAUCCAGAACCUCAUUAAGCAGAUGCCAGAGCCAGAGCAGUUAAAAAUGCUCUCUGAACUAAAGGAUGAAUAUGAUGAUCUGGCCGAGUCGGAGCAGUUUGGUGUGGUGAUGGGUACUGUGCCUCGCCUGCGGCCUCGCCUCAAUGCCAUCCUCUUCAAGCUACAGUUCAGUGAGCAAGUGGAGAAUAUUAAGCCAGAGAUCGUUUCUGUGACUGCCGCGUGUGAGGAGUUACGAAAGAGUGAGAGCUUCUCUAGCCUCCUGCAGAUUACCUUGCUUGUUGGAAACUAUAUGAAUGCUGGCUCCAGGAAUGCUGGUGCUUUCGGCUUCAACAUCAGCUUCCUCUGUAAGCUUCGAGAUACGAAGUCCACAGAUCAGAAGAUGACAUUGUUGCACUUCUUGGCUGAGUUGUGUGAGAAUGACUAUCCUGAUGUCCUGAAGUUUCCAGAUGAGCUUGCCCAUGUGGAGAAAGCCAGCCGAGUUUCUGCUGAAAACUUGCAGAAGAACCUAGAUCAGAUGAAGAAACAGAUUACUGAUGUGGAACGUGAUGUUCAGAAUUUCCCAGCUGCCACAGAUGAGAGAGACAGGUUUGUUGAAAAAAUGACUAGCUUCGUGAGGGACGCACAGGAGCAGUAUAACAAGCUGCGGAUGAUGCACUCUAACAUGGAGACCCUCUAUAAGGAGCUGGGAGAGUACUUCCUCUUUGACCCCAAGAAGGUGACGGUGGAAGAAUUCUUUAUGGAUCUGCACAACUUUAAGAAUAUGUUUGUGCAAGCAGUCAAGGAGAACCAGAAGCGGCGGGAGACAGAGGAAAAGAUGCGGCGAGCAAAACUCGCCAAGGAGAAGGCGGAGAAGGAGCGGCUCGAGAAGCAGCAGAAGAGGGAGCAGCUCAUAGACAUGAACGCAGAGGGCGAUGAGACCGGUGUGAUGGACAGUCUUCUGGAAGCUCUGCAGACAGGCGCAGCAUUCCGACGGAAGAGAGGACCCCGUCAGGCCAACAGGAAGGCCGGCUGUGCAGUCACAUCCCUGCUAGCCUCGGAGCUGACCAAGGACGACGCCAUGACUGCUCUUCCUUCUAAGGUGGCCAAGAACAGUGAGGGAAUCCCCACAAUCCUGGAGGAAACCAAGGAGUUGGUUGGCCGUGCAAACUAAGCUGGGUCCUGUGGCCACAGCAGCUCCCCGGGGCACCCCGGACUGUCUUGCCCUGCAGCCUGUGCCUAAAGGGUCACGGAAAUAGUCCUCUGGGGUGGUUGCUCCCACUCCCCUGACCCUUCUACUCUGGCCUGCCGCUCUCUUGUGCGUCACACAUGCUUCAGCUGCCUGGAGGCCCCCAGGAAUGGGCAGUGGGGUGGCGGGGGAGGCCUGAGCCCGAGCCAGCCAGCCCUGGCCGUGUGUAUUACCAAAGCAGGCUCUGUGGUUGCUGCCUUAACCCCAAGUGUCUCCUCUCUGUCACCGAGGCCUUGUCUCAGACCAGGCCCCACCUGCUGUCCCAGCUCCCGCCUUUCCA